UAAAAUAUAAUUUAGUUACAGUAUACACCGCCCGCGAAACGGUAUUCAUUUGGCGCUCCAGAUGCAGUCACACUACGGUUUAUUAACAAAAUAAAAAAAAAAAACAAAUACUUUGCAAAAAUGGUUAGCAGGAACAUAGAAAGCACGAGUAAAGUGCCGACUUUCCAUGUAAUCCGAGAGGUGUACGAUAGCUCCAAUGCCCACGAGCGGUUCGAGGCGGAACUGGACAAGGCGCUUGAAGCCAAGGUUGACUUCAUCAUCAUAGAGCCCCCGCGCUUGGGUGACGAAACCGGGCGAUGGAUUUGGGUUGGAAAUUGCUUGCACAAGACCGCUGUGGCCACUGGAGUGGUCUCGUUGGUGGCCAGCCUGCUUUGGCGUGAUCGUCCCAUCAUCGCGGCACCUGCCUGUGCCCUGUCCCUCUUCUGCACCGGGCUGUACACCGUCUCCUGGAACUACGAUCCAUGUUGUCAAUAUCAGGUGGAGAACAAUGACACCGUGCUGGAGAAGCUACCGUUGACAGACGUCUCCUCGCCUGUGAUCUUGGGCUAUUCGCCCAAUUGCAAAACCAAAUAUUUGCACCGUGGCGUCACCUUCCUUUCGGCUGCGUUGUGCGCCUGGCAGAUCUGGCGAUCCUACAAGUAGAUAAUGAAAACCUAUCUUCCCCAGUUUGGAAGCUAAUGGAAUGGGCCACGCUUCCACGGAGGCGUAAUACGUAAUAAGUCUAGACUAGGCGUCUGAGCGAAUGCAUUUUCUUUUAGGUAUCGAACGAUUUUAGCUUGCGAUCGUUGUGUCAUUCUUUGUAAUGUUUUUAAAUAGUUCCAUGAGUCCCAAAAAGGUCUUUGUAUCGUGUCCCGGUCAAUUUAUGUAUUUCUGUGGCUCUUAACUUAUUACGAUUAUUAUUUGAUGGCCGGAGUUAGACUUAGGGCGGCUGGCUAGGACCUCCGCAAGCACUGUAAAUUAAGCAAAGCCAACUUCUGUGUAUAGCAAAGAGCAAACCCCUUUAAUGAUUGUUAUUAGCAUCUAGUAGAAGAUAUCAGGAAGUGAAAGUAAAUAAAAACAAAGCGAAAUAUAUUGUUACAAAUGCA